AUGUGGAGGGCGAAUGCAGGGAUAAAGCUGGCAAAGAUGAGGAAAAUUGGCUGUGCUCUCCUGGUACUCCAAGCUCUUCUGGCACCUUUGGAUCUUGUUCGUGGAGCGGAGAAAAGUUAUCCUGUACUGAACAUUGCAGUGAUUCUGGGAAGGACCAAGUCUAUCACAGAGAGAGAUAUCAGAGCUCUCUGGACCAGGGAAAUGUCAGCAGACCUGACUGUUGAUAUCAAUGUGGUGACCCUUCUGGUGGACCAGACUGACCCUAAGAGCAUCAUAACACACAUUUGCGACUUGAUGUCAGGCACCAAGAUCCAUGGAGUGGUUUUUGGAGAUGAUACUGAUCAGGAGGCAGUAGCUCAGAUUUUGGAUUUUAUUUCAUCUCAGACUUCUAUUCCAAUUCUUGGAAUUCAUGGUGGGGCAUCCAUGAUAAUGGCAGAUAAGGAUGUGAUGUCCACAUUCUUCCAGUUUGGGGCUUCCAUCCAGCAGGAAGCUAUCAUCAUGCUGAAGAUCAUGCAGGAUUAUGACUGGCAUGUGUUCUCUCUGGUGACCACCACCUUUCCUGGGUAUCGAGACUUCAUCAAUGUCAUUAAGACCACAGUGGAAAAUAGUUUUGUGGGCUGGGACAUGCAGAAUGUCAUCAUACUCGAUACCGCCUUUGGAGAUGCCAAGACCCAAAUUCAGCUGAAGAAAAUUCAUUCAUCCGUCAUUCUGCUCUAUUGUUCAAAGGAUGAAGCUGUCUACAUACUGGAUGAGGCUCGUUCCCUGGGCCUUACUGGCUAUGAUUUCUUUUGGAUAGUUCCCAGCCUGGUUAGUGGUAAUACAGAAAUCACUCCCAAGGAGUUUCCUUCAGGACUCAUUUCAGCAUCUUAUGAUGAAUGGGACUACAGUUUAGAAGCUCGUGUACGGGAUGGCCUUGGGAUUAUUGCUACUGCUGCAUCAGCCAUGCUAGAAAAAUACUCCUUCAUUCCGGAAGCAAAAACCAGCUGCUAUGGACAACCGGAGAAAAAUGACCGGCCAUCUCACACCUUGCACAAGUUUAUGAUGAAUGUGACUUGGGAAGGUAAAGAUUUGUCCUUCACAGCAGAUGGUUAUCAGGCACACCCCAGGCUGGUGGUGAUAGUACUCAACAACGAUCGCCAGUGGGAAAAGGUGGGGAAAUGGGAGAACAACUCCCUGAGCCUGAAGUACUCUGUCUGGCCAAGGUACAGCUCUUUCGCAGACAGUGACCCAGACGAUAACCAUUUGAGUAUUGUCACCCUGGAGGAGGCUCCCUUUGUCAUUGUUGAGGAUGUGGAUCCUUUGAUGGAAAGUUGCCAGAAAAACACUGUGCCAUGUCGUAAAUUUGUCAAAAUUAACAACUCAACUAAUGAGGGGACUAAUGUAAAGAAGUGCUGCAAAGGAUUCUGCAUUGAUAUCUUAAAGAAGUUGUCUAAAACUGUCAAGUUCACCUAUGACCUGUAUUUGGUGACUAAUGGGAAACAUGGGAAAAAAGUCAAUAAUGUGUGGAAUGGAAUGAUUGGUGAAGUGGUAUACCAGCGUGCAGUUAUGGCUGUGGGGUCUCUCACUAUUAAUGAAGAGCGCUCUGAAGUGGUUGACUUUUCAGUGCCAUUUGUUGAGACUGGGAUUAGUGUCAUGGUGUCACGGAGCAAUGGCACAGUUUCACCAUCUGCUUUUCUAGAGCCUUUUAGUGCUUCUGUCUGGGUGAUGAUGUUCGUGAUGCUUCUCAUUGUGUCUGCCAUGGCUGUCUUCAUAUUUGAAUACUUUAGUCCUGUAGGAUAUAACAGGAACUUGGCACAAGGGAGAGAUCCCCAUGGACCAUCCUUUACCAUUGGAAAGGCAGUGUGGUUACUCUGGGGCUUGGUAUUCAACAACUCUGUGCCUGUGCAAAACCCCAAAGGGACGACAAGUAAAAUCAUGGUGUCAGUUUGGGCUUUCUUUGCUGUCAUUUUCCUGGCUAGUUACACUGCCAACUUAGCUGCCUUUAUGAUUCAAGAGGAAUUUGUUGACCAAGUGACUGGACUGAGUGAUAAAAAGUUUCAAAGGCCACAUGAUUAUUCACCUCCUUUCCGAUUUGGAACAGUCCCAAAUGGAAGCACAGAGAGGAAUAUCAGAAACAACUACCCCGAUAUGCACCUUUACAUGACAAAGUAUAAUCAGAAAGGAGUGGAAGAUGCCUUGGUCAGCUUGAAAACUGGGAAGUUGGAUGCUUUCAUCUAUGAUGCAGCAGUGCUGAACUACAAGGCUGGAAGAGAUGAAGGCUGCAAACUUGUCACAAUAGGGAGUGGAUACAUCUUUGCCACUACAGGCUAUGGAAUUGCACUUCAGAAAGGAUCACCUUGGAAGAGACAAAUUGAUCUAGCCCUCCUUCAGUUUGUUGGAGAUGGGGAAAUGGAAGAGUUAGAAACUCUGUGGCUGACUGGUAUCUGCCACAAUGAGAAGAACGAAGUCAUGAGCAGCCAGCUGGACAUCGACAACAUGGCAGGAGUGUUUUACAUGCUUGCAGCAGCUAUGGCACUCAGUUUAAUAACCUUUGUCUGGGAGCACUUAUUUUACUGGAAACUUAGAUUCUGCUUCACUGGAGUCUGCUCAGAUAGACCGGGAUUGUUGUUCUCAAUCAGCAGGGGUAUUUACAGCUGCAUUCAUGGAGUACACAUUGAAGAAAAGAAGAAGUCUCCUGACUUUUCUUUGACUAAUUCCCAAACCAACAUGUUAAAACUACUGCGAACAGCAAAAAAUAUGACCAAUAUGAACCCUUCAAGAAUUAACUCCCCCAAAAGAACAGCUGAUUUUAUUCAGAGGGGUUCCUUGAUUAUGGACAUGGUCAUGGAUAAGGGAAACUUGAUAUUUUCUGAUAACAGACCCUUUCAGACAAAGGACAACUUUUUUGGUGACAAUAUAAGUGAACUGCAGACACUUCCUGGCAAUCGACACAAGGAUAAUCUUAACAACUAUGUUUUCCAAGGUCAGCAUCCUCUCACACUGAACGAAUCCAAUCCAAACACAGUAGAGGUUGCAGUAACAACGGAAGCAAAAGCAAACUCCAGACCUAGGCAGCUUUGGAGGAAAUCUGUUGAAUCUUUACGUCAAGAAUCUGUACGUCAGAGCCAAGGCUCCCAGAGAGAAGAUGGGUCAGAUGAAAACAGGCAGCUUUCAGUGAAAAGCCAAAGAUACCUUCCAGAAGAGAUCAUCCAUUCAGACGUAUCAGAGACAUCAAGCCGAGCUACUUGCCAUAUGGAAUCUGAAAACAACAAGCACCACAAAACCAAGGACAAUUUUAAAAAGAGGACAGUAGCAUCAAAAUACCCAAAAGACUGCAGUGAAGUGGAACUGACAUAUCUGAAAACCAAACAGAGCUCUCCACGGGAUAAAAUCUACACGAUUGAUGCUGACAAAGAGCCAGGAUUCUGCCUGGACACACCUCAGUACAUCGAAAACAUUGUCCUUCCAGAAACUAUAGAGCUUCCUGAUGUUUAUCAAGAUCACAAUGACAACUACAGGAAAGCCGAACUUGCUAACAGGACUCCCUCACAUAAUGAAGAGAGUCUUCCAAAUAAUGACCAGUAUAAACUUUAUGCAAAGCACUACACUUUAAAAGACAAAAAUGCUUCCCUAGUUGACAUGAAUGAUAGAUAUAGACAGAAUUCCACCCACUGCAGGAGCUGUCUUUCCAAUUUGCCCACUUAUGCAGGACAUUAUUCAAGCAGAUCUCCUUAUAAAUGUGAUGCGUGCUUGCGGAUGGGGAACCUCUAUGAUAUUGAAGAAGAUCAGAUGCUGCAGGAUACAACAAACUUAUCUCUUCCUGAAGAAAUAUAUCAGCAUAGUUGGUCACAAAACAAUGCCCUGCAAUAUCAUAAAAAAAACAAGUUGAGGAUUAGCAGGCAACAUUCUUUUGAUAAUAUUGCUGAUAAGUCCAGGGAAAUUGAUUUUGGAAGACGUUCUCGUAGUAUAAGCUUGAAAGAAAGAGAGAAAUUUCUACAAAGUAGCCCAUAUGCAAGCAUGUUUAGUGUUCCCUCAAGCAAACUGUUGAGCAACAAGGCCUCACUUUUAACUCACACUCUGGAGGACAGUAAGCGGAGCAAGUCCUUGUAUACUGUUCACUCAGAUGAUAAUCCCUUUCUGCACUCGUAUCAUGAUGACCAGCACUUAUCUCUUAGGCGAAGUCCAGCUGAUCUUUAUAAACAUUCAUUACCAACAAGAGGAAGAAAUGAUAAUUAUUUAAGGUCAUCCAUAAAAUCUACAGCAUCUUACUGUUCCAGGGAUGGUCGGAUCCAUAAUGACAUGUACAUUUCAGAGCAUGUUUUGCCUUAUGUUGCAAAUAGGAAUAGCUUGUACUCAACUCCAAGGGUUUUAAAUUCCUGUAGCAAUAGAAAUGUGUAUAAGAAAAGGCCUAGCCUUGAAUCAGAUGUUUAAAUUUUCCAUGAACACUUUAUUUAUAGGGGAAAAAUAGUUGCCACCAUCAUAGAGGGAGAAUUUAUCCUUUAACAGUAUCCUGAUAUGGCAAAUGAUACAUAAACCUCUCCCUUUCCCAAUGUACUUCUGUACAUGAAUAAGUAAACUAGUAUGCUCUUACCUAUCCUUUUAAAAUAUGUCUUGUUGAAAAGGAUUUAAAAAAUAGCCAUUUAUGUAUGCUUUAUAUAUAAAUGGCAAGCUUCACUGAAAUAGCUCCAAUAUAUGUUGGCAACUAUGCUGUUUUGUAUCUAAUUAUUUUACUAUUUCGGUUAUUAUUCUAAUUUAUGUUGCUAAGUAUCAUUCAAUGUACUUUUGUCCUUAGCAAUGUUUAAUGAUUUUCUAGUACUGGAUAAGCAAUAUGGUAUGCAUGUAGUAUGACACAGACAAAAAGAAUUAGGAAUGCAUUUGCACAGAGUCAAAUACAAGACUCUAAAAGAGAACAGAAAGGUAGACUUUCAAAAAUAUAUUUGAGCUUC